AUGGCGCCACAACCUAAACGCAAGGCGAAACACUCCGACGAAGCAGCAUACGUUCCUCGCCAACCUCAGAGACGCGCAAAGAAAUCAGCCCUCCCGGAAGAAGCAAAGAAACCCAAGAAAGCCGCAGUUCCUUCUCGUCGCGACCCUCGAGCUCAGCUACUGGAAGCCCAGCAAGCACUCGAUGCCGCAAUCGACGACCGCAAAGAAGCCCAGCAAUGCUACAAUCAGACGCAGCAACGUCGAUGUAACAUGGAGCGCGAGAGAGAUCUGAUGAGAGUAUUGAAGGGUUGGGAGUCCGGUGAGUGCAUAGCGGCGGAAGAGAAUCUUUGGAAGGCGGAGGAAGAAGUCGCGGAGGCGCAGGAGUGGGUUCGAGAGACACUCGAGGCGGAAGCGAAGUGUGGACCGCGCUUGAAUUUGUUGUGGGAGACGGUGAGGCUUUUGGACGAGGAGGAGGGCGUUGUGAAGGUGAAGCGAGAAGAUGAUCAGAAAGAUCAGAAGAUGGCCAUGAGGGAGAAGAAGGAAGUCGAGUUUGACUCGGCAGUGGAGUGUAAUUGA